GUUUUACGUCGUUUUUGAUGUAAAUAAGGAAGCGGGUAGAUAAAUUGCGAACGGUUCGAGUUAUUGAAACCGUCAUACAAAAUAAGCGAUCUCGUGGCAGUUUCUUUGUUUGGCGACUGGUCUUUCGUGAAAUGACAAAAUGGAGCUUGUUACUAGAGAUAUGCUCUCAGUGGAAUAAAAAAGGUCGCGAGUAAACGAAUGAGGACGGUGCCCUUGAAACGUUUGUCGGAGAAGAAUGUUCGGACGCUCUGCUGCAUAUCGGGCUCUGCCUCAGAGUGAUUACGGUGCCCACCUAACCCUUGAGAAUUUUUCAUAUCAUAAUUCAUCGGGCAGCUCUUUCGAUUACAUCCCUGAAGUAACGGAGAAAAGCUUCACAGAUAAAACCCAAGGAUGCCUGUCAUGGAUCUGCCACCAAUGUGUUAUUUGCAUUGUGUUCAUUUUUACUGUGCUGACCUUCCCAGUGUCAGGAUGGUUUCUUCUUAAAAUCGUUCCAAAUUAUGAGAGAAUUGUAGUUUUUCGACUUGGGAGGAUCCAGCCUCCAAAAGGCCCAGGAGUUGUUUUGGUCCUGCCAUUCAUUGACCUUUGGCAAAAAGUAGACCUACGGACAAGAGCCUUCAAUAUUCCACCUUGCAAAGUAACGAGUAAAGAUGGUGGAGUGAUCUCUAUGGGUGCAGAUAUUCAGUUCCGUAUAUGGAAUCCAGUUUUAUCAGUGGUGUCUGUCCAGGAUUUGAAUGCGUCAACACGACUUACAGCUCAGAAUGCCAUGACCCAUUGCCUUACCAAGAAAACGCUAAGAGAGAUACAAGUUGAAAAAAUACGACUUGGGGAACACCUGCUGGUUGAGAUUAACAGCAAGACUCGGUGCUGGGGUUUGGAGGUGGACCGUGUUGAAUUGAUGGUGGAAUCUGUGCUAAGGACCCCUGACGACUCCUUCUCGACACCUAUGAUAGUGCCUCCUAUCCCUGGCUUAGAGAGUCUUGCUGGGCCAAUCCAGCAACUGGCCAUGCAUUUUCUGGGUGGAAGUGGUGGCAACAGUAUUGCCCCUCAAAGCAGUCAAAGCAAAGAGGACAGCCUCUUCAUAAUCAACGAGAAGGAUCCCAUAGUUCCUGCCCCAGCCAAGUGCCUCAGUGCUGAUGCUCUUCUGUCCACUGUGGAAUGCAUCCUCUCCGAAAACUUGGUCACUCAGGUGGGAGCCUGUUUUCAGUUCAACAUCACACUCCAGGAUGGAACCAAAAGGAUCUAUUUUGUUGACCUAACCACAGGUGCUGGCAAGGCAGGGCUUGGCACACCAGAUCACAAUCCAGAUGUCAUUUUGCACAUGAAGGAACAAGACCUUCUGUCUUUGUUUGAAGGCCACCUACGACCAUUUGGGGCUUACACAAGCGGGAAGUUAAAAGUUGAAGGUGAUCUGAAAAUAGCUUUAAAGCUGGAGGACCUAAUCAAGCUGAUGAAGCUACAGUGACCUUCAUAAACAAGUGCAACAUAUCUGAAACAAGUGAAUGACACUUGUGUAAAACACUCCUAAAAGCUGGGAGUUGGGCCAUGUUCUGCAGUUAAAGGCUUGAUCCAAAAGCUGAGUUGAUGUGUACGGUGCAGAAGGAAGGCUGGUGAACAAUGGACGUCCAGGCAAUGAAUUUGUGGAAACCUUGAAAAAUACAUGAAAGUCACUUGUGUGUGUGUGUGUGUGACUUUUUUUGACUUGGAUAAAGGGUUGUUUCUGAUCAUCAGAUUUAUAACUUUUUCACGAAAUAUUAAUUUAAUUAACUUUAAGUCUCUGCAACAAAAGAUGAAAUAAAUUUUUAUUUGUUGCAUAUCAAUU